GUCCAGCGCGCAGUUCUGCUGCAGGCUAGAGCUCCCCUCCGCACCCAGCGCUCGUGUGCAAUAUGGUGGAAGGACCGGGCUGUACUCUAAAUGGAGAGAAAAUUCGGGCGCGGGUGCUCCCGGGCCAGGCGGUGACAGCCGUGCGGGCGAGGUCUCUGCAGAGCCCGCGCAGCCCAGGGUUGCCUCCUGCAGCCGCGGCCACUGUGCUCUCGUCCCAGACUGCUGCAAUGAAUAAUAAUGAUUCCAGCCAGAAUUUCUUGAGGCUGCUUAAUGACUGUGUAUACAGUGGCGUGGAAACUUUGGGAAAGGAACUCUUUAUGUACUUUGGACCAAAAGCCUUACGAAUUCAUUUUGGAAUGAAAGGCUCCGUCAUGAUUAAUCCGCCUGAGUAUAAAAGUAAAAAUGGAGUUUCUCCUGUUUUUGAAGUGCAGCUUACCAAAGAUUUGAUUUGUUUCUUUGACUCAUCGGUGGAAUUCAGAAACUCAGCAGAAAGCCAACAGAGAAUAAGAAUGAUGGAAGAAUUAGAUGUAUGUUCACCUAAAUUUAGUUUCUCAAGAGCUGAAAAUGAAGUUCGAAAGCAGAAAGGACGGAUGCUCUGUGAUGUGUUAAUAGAUCAGAAAGUGCUGCCUGGGGUAGGAAACAUCAUCAAAAAUGAAGCUCUUUUGGACAGUGGUCUCCACCCGGCUGUUAAAGUUUGUCAGUUAACAGAUGAACAGAUCCAUCACCUUGUGAAAAUGACACGUGAUUUCAGCAUUCUUUUUUACAGGUGCCAUAAAGCAGGAUCGGCUAUCUCUAGACACUAUAAAGUUUACAAACGUCCUAAUUGUGGUCAGUGUGGCUGCAAAAUCACCGUGUGUCGCUUAGGGGAGAAUAGCAGAAUGACAUAUUUCUGUCCUCACUGUCAAAAAGAAAAUCCUCAGCUUCUUGACAUAUGCAACCUGCCGGCUAGAAGCACACCACUCAGUUGGCCAUCCAGUAGGGGGUAUGGAAUUAUGGACUCUGUGGCGCGGAAUUUUGAAGAGCAAUGGGCUUGUAUGACUUGUACAUUGAUAAAUCAGCCUUCUUCUGAGACAUGUGAGGCUUGCCUGACAUCAAGGCCGACUGCGUCGUUACUCAACAAUAAAGAAAAUUUGGUUGCCGUUAACAACUUAGUGAAAUACCCUUGUAAUAACUUUGGAAAACCAAGUGCAGAAGUGAAAAUCAACAGGAAAACUGCAUUUGGUACGACAACCCUUGUGUUGACCAAUUUUAGCAAUACUGCCAAUCCUUUGGAAAAAACAGAAAGCUUGGACCAGACAGGAGGUGGAGAAUUUCCCGACUCACCUUCCACUACCAUGUGUUUUAGUGAUAGUCCACGCCCCUCCAAGGAGAAAACAAACAACAUAACUCUGCCAUCUAACAAACUAAUCAUAUCACCUGUGGUCUGCUCUGAGUCUAAAUUAUUUAGCCCAGCACAUAAAAAAUUGAAGACAACCCAUUACUCAUCACCAGAUCUCAAGAGUUGCAACCCUGGAUUUUCUAACAGUAUACUUCAAAUUAAUACGACAGAUGGUACUUGUACAUUAAAUGCUGGCAGUCCUCGCUGCAGUAAACACGGCCGCCUCUGCAUUCUCCGAGUUGUGAGGAAGGAUGGUGAAAACAAGGGCAGGCAGUUUUAUGCGUGUUCUCUACCCAGAGAAGCACAAUGUGGAUUUUUUCAGUGGGCAGAUUUGUCCUUUCCUCUCUGCCACCAUGGCAAACGCUCCAUCAUGAGGACAGUGUUGAAGAUUGGACCUAAUAAUGGAAAGAAUUUUUUUACAUGUCCUCUUGGGAAGGAAAAGCAGUGUAAUUUUUUUCAGUGGGCAGAAAAUGGGCCAGGAAUGAAAAUUAUUCCAGGAUGCUAAUAUUUUCUCCUGUACAAUAGCUGAUGUUUGAUCUCUUCAAACUGGGUAUAAUGUUUAGUUCCAUUUUGUAUUGCAAAGAUUACUUAUGAUACAUUGAAAAUUUACUGCAGUAUUUAAGAAUUGUUCAUUUUUAAAUGUGAGCUUUCCAUUCUUUAUGUAUUUUUUUUUUUUUUUUGGGCCUGGAUGAAUGCUGUUUGUAUUUCAUAAAAUGUAAAGUAUAUACCACUUUGAAUGUAUAUUUAGUGCAUUUAGUAAUGACAAUAAAGUAUUUUUAAUAUGUUGUUGCCUGUCUCUAACUUCAGGGAAGCACUGUUUUCUUUUCGUUGUUUGUUUUGCUUUGUUUUUUGGCUUUUUUUACUUAGGAGAGAAUUAUGCGGUACAAUGAAAUAAGUUAUUCUGUCUCUAAAGAAUAAUCUUCUAAGGUAUUGCCACUACUCAUUAUAUAUGA